UAAGUCUUUUGUUUCCAUAUUUCCAUUCCAAAGGCAGAGUGUAUUGUAUGUUACCAUAAUUAAGUUUAAUGUCAGAAAUUCAUUAAAACUGAAACUUGAUUACAUUUGUAUUUUCAAAAUGACAUCAGUUUGUAUUUUUGUUGUCAUAUUGGCAGUAAUGCCUGUUUGUUUUGGACAAGAUGACUUUACAACACUUGUAGAAAGGAUAAAAGCUGUGGAAGCAAGAGACAUGGAGCACUUACUACGAAUAAAGCAACUAGAGAGACAAGUUCAAAACUCUAAUGAAAAGCUGAACCUCAUGUCUGCCACCAAUCACAACCUUCAAACUGAACAUUCUACCUUGUUACAAAAGUUAACAGAUCAAGAAAUAACCAUAGCCACAUUGAGGACCGACUUAGAUAAUCAAAAAUCAAUCUCCGAGGAAAGUUCACGCCAAACUGCAGUUUUACAGUCAACUGUGAAUGGAAUGGGUGUCACAAUAGCGAAGUUAAAGCAAAUAUUUGCCAGUUACAAGACCAGCUUCCAAGAGCACUCAAAUGAUGAAACAGAAAACAAGUAUCACAAAGAAAUAAAACAGGCUGAUACUGCCAGCAAAGAGCUUUCUGAUGCUAGUUUCUCCAGUAAAUAUCUGAAAAUGCCAUCUUUGGAUAACAACAAGAAGAACAUAUCCUUGGGUCAUGCUGACAUGUCUAAGACAAAUAGUCUUCAUGAUUCUCUGAUAAGUUUUGUUGGGGAAAAAGGUGGUGAAAUUAAGGCCUCACAGAGAAUAAAAGACAACAAAUCAAGACAAGCAGGACUCAAUAUUGUCAAUUCAAAACAAAGGGCAGCUACAAACUUUGUUGCAUUUCACGCUGUGCUUACUCCAUAUCAUAUUGAUCAUCUUGGAGGCAAUGAGAACAUUAGAUUUGAUAGUGUUCUGUUAAAUGAGGGAGAUGGCUACCAUAAUCAACAUGGACUCUUCAUAGCUCCAAAACCUGGAUUCUAUCUUUUCUCAGUCACCUUGGCAACAAAUUAUGAUCAAAAAUUUUAUGCUCAAUUAAAGAAAAAUGGAGCAAUAUUAGUUAACUUAUCUGGUAAUGGUCAGGCAGGAGGAUAUCUUGACCAAGGUUCAGUUACCAUAGUAACAAAACUAAAUACAGGUGAUGAAGUAUGGGUGGCACAUUAUUCUCCUGCGGAUGGUUCUAUCUGGGGAAACUAUUAUUCCAGUUUUACUGGUGUUUUUCUUGCUGACUUUCAAUAAAAGAAAUUGAAGAAUUCCAAUUAAAAUUAAAAAUGUCUUA